AUGGGAUUCAUCGCGGCACAUACCUCCAUCCCGGUCCUCAAGGUCUAUUGUGCUUUUGAACGUAAUCGAUGCCAAUUUUCUCUGAUGGAGAGAAUACAAGGAGACAUCUUGACAAACGGAUGGCAUAAGCGCAGCGAAGCUUCCAAGCAGAAGAUACUGGCACAGUUGAAGGGCAUGGUGGACGAAAUGCGGCCCAUUCCUCGUCCGGAGGGCCAAGGUGUAUCAAACGUUGCAGUAAGACCACUGUUCAAUGGUCGACUUCCUGGGGGAUCAUUUCAUGGCCCAUUUGACACGAUACGAGACUUCCAUAAGCAUCUCAGAGAGAGAUACGGAGGUGAAAUAGAGAACGCACUUGACGCCAACAAGUUAUUGGAAAUCCACAAUCAAUAUGCCGGGCCGCUUGUGUUUACGCAUGGAGACUUGAGCACAAUGAAUAUCAUGACUCGCGGAGACGAUAUUGUGAAGAGACUAGCUACGACUUUCGGCUCGCAGUAG